AUGAUACUAUUAUUUGUUGUUAAUAUUGCUACCGAGUUGUUUUGCAAGUGUUUAUAUUUUCCGUCUUUCAAAGUAACUGUUCAUAAUAUUACGGAAAAUGAAUUCACACGCAAAGUAUAUCGUACAAACGGAGUAACGUGUUACCAACAUGACGCUUCCAUUCCACAAGAUACAACUGUCAAGGUCAAUUGUACUAGUGCACCGGUAGGAAAUCAAAUACGACUUCAGCUUGCAAACAAGUCCACACAACUUGUACUCUGUGACUUCAGAGUAUACGGAGAAUGUAAGGACCGGACUUGGGGUAAACCUUGUAGAAAUGAGUGCGGAUUCUGUAAAGGAUUCUCACAAUGUGAUGCAGUUAAUGGCAGCUGUCUGUCAGGAUGUGAGCCAGGGUAUAUAGGACCUUUCUGCAGCACAGAAUGCACGGAUGGCAAAUAUGGACAAGAUUGUUCGUACACGUGUAGUAAGCAUUGCAAAAAUAAUGAUGCAUGUCAAAAGGAUGAUGGGUCUUGUCCCAAUGGAUGCAGUCCAGGAUACACAGACGACAAAUGUGAUCGGCCAUGCGACAAUGGUUAUUUUGGCGAUGACUGCAAAAUGAAGUGUAACCUAACAUGUUCAAGAUCGAAUACAUUCACCUGUGAUAAUGUAAAUGGAAAAUGUAUAAAUGGAUGCAUUGCCGGAUGGGAAGGUUCCUAUUGCCAGAAUGAAUGCAAGAGUGGCAAAUGGGGUAGAAACUGCAAUAGUUCGUGUGGCAGGUGCUUUGAUGCAACUUGUAAUCGAACAAAUGGUGUAUGUCCGAGCGGAUGUGCUGCAGGAUUCAAAUUAACAAAGCUAUGUACUGACGAAUGUGACAGCGGGAAAUAUGGACCAAACUGCACCAACACUUGCAGUGUUAACUGCGCUGAUGUUUGUGAAAAGAUCAACGGAACGUGCUCGCCAUGUAAAGCCGGAUGGAAAGGAGACAGUUGCAGUACAGACUGUCAAAGUGGAACAUGGGGGCUUAAUUGUGCUGAAAAAUGCGGAAAGUGCAGUAAUGAAGAAACAUGUAACAGGUUCAAUGGAACAUGCGCUGAUGGAUGUAUGCCGGGAUACAAAUAUGCAGAGAAGUGCGACAAAGAGUGUGAUUCCGGGACAUUUGGUAUGGCCUGUAAACAAAACUGCAGUAUCGGCUGUGCAGAGCCUUGCAGCAUUAUUGAUGGAAUGUGUAGUCGUUGUAAAAUUGGAUGGACAGGACAUUUAUGUGCUAAACUUGCAGAACGUCAACCGGAAGAAUCACGUCCUGUCGCCGCAAUUGCUAGCGGAAUAUCUGGAGCUGUUGUAGCAGCUAUUAUUGCUAUUGGACUCGUGGUAUUGUGUAGAAUGAGACGAAAACAAGAAAAACCUUUAACAAACGACAAAGGUGAAUUCAGCCUGGGUUUGAAUGACGGAACUCCCGGACAUAGAAAAGGGAAGCCCGGUUACGGCAAUACCAAUGUUAAUUCGUCAGACUUACGCACAGAAAAUGAGACUCCAAAUAACUCACAAAACCUACUUACAAGUGAUGACCUGGAGCACGAGUCAGACUACUAUAACACACAGUCAGGACAUGAAAUCCCAAUAUCCGAGCUAGAGUCAUACGUGAAAACAGGACUAGCAAACAAAGAAUACUUCAUCACACAGUUUAAGCAAAUACCGUACGGUAUGCAGUAUCCAGCCAAUGUUGCAACCAAGCCAGGGAAUUAUGGCAAGAAUAGAUACAAAUCCAUGUAUGCAUAUGACCAUUCCAGAGUGAUGUUGAAAGCUUUUCCAGAUCAUCCUGAUUCGGACUACAUAAAUGCUGCUUAUAUAAUGGGAUAUUCUGGUGAAAAUGCCUAUAUUGCUGCUCAAGGGCCUAUUGCAAACACUCUUGGAGACUUUUGGAGAAUGGUAUGGGAACAGAACAUCAAAACAGUUGUAAUGGCUACAAACCUUUCUGAGGAAGGCAAGAUGAAGUGCAAACAGUAUUGGCCAGAAGCAGGUGAAAGUGUGCAGCAUGGAAACAUUAUUGCUAUCUCAGAUGCAGAGGAUGUGUUUGCUGAGUUUGUUGUCAGACGGUUUAAAGUUUCGCAAGAGGAUAAGCCAGACAGAAGGAGAAUUGUGACACAUUUCCACUAUACCGCAUGGCCUGACAAAGACGUUCCAAGAAGCACAUCAAGUCUGUUACAUUUCUGGUACCAAGUCAGAAAACACGACGAGAAAAAAACAAGACCGUGGUUAGUCCAUUGCAGUGCUGGGGUUGGGCGUACUGGAACUUUCAUUGCACUGGAUAUUCAGUAUGACCAAGGGAAAGAAAAGGGUACCGUUGAUGUAUUCAAGUGUGUUGAUGAACUGAGGAAACAGAGGGUCAACAUGGUUCAAACAAAGGAACAAUAUAAGUACCUACAUGGUAUCAUUUUGGAAGCACUGGUGUUACCAUCGCAACCUGUACACAUGGACAAGUUUCCCGGCGUAUACAGUGAGCUCAAAGAGAUAGACUCGAAGACCAGAAAGACGAAACUGUACUGGCAGUACGAGACUCUGAUGGGAGAAUCAGGAACUGCCAGUGGCAACGACUCGGAGGAUGAUAAUUAUACAUCAGCAAAGAGGAUAGAGAACAAAAAGAGAAAUAGAUACGACAAUAUACUUGCACCAAACGAGUUCCGGCCAUUUCUACUUACACAAGUGCCAGGAUGCACAGACUAUAUUAAUGCUGUCUUUAUCCCGGGCUACCGGGAUAAGUUUGGCUACAUACUGACCCAGACACCAAUGCAGGCUACAGCUAUCGACUGUUGUCGUCUAGUUUAUGAGCAGGAGGUCAAAGUCAUCGUCACUUUUCAAGAACAUGGUGACGAUGAUAUCGGUACCUAUUUACCAGAGAAAGGGUCAGUUAAGCUUGGACCAUAUUCCAUGGCAUUCGUUGCGGAAGACGACCAGAUGAAUUACACCAAACGUGAUUACCACUUAACAUUUCGAUCAGAGAAGCGCUCCGUUACACAGCUUAUGUUCAAGCAAUGGCCACCGUCAAGUUUGGUACCAUCGGAUCCCUGCAAAAUGUUAUAUUUUCUGGAAGAGCUAGAAACAUUGCAGAGACAAAACGACAAUAAAACAAUACUGGUUCAGUGUCUGAAUGGUGCUGAACGAAGCGGUAUAGUCGCAGUUUUGAUGAACAUAUUUGAGCGUUUAAGAUUCGAUAAAGAAGUUUCAAUCCCACUAGUGAUACGUCAGUUGAAAGUCAGACGCCAGCAGAUUGUUCCAAACUUUGAGCAGUUCAAAUUCUGCCAUGACGUUGUUCUUUCCCAUAUUGAGAGCAAUUCAACAUAUGCUAACAUGUGACUUAUAUAUGUGACUGAUAUAUAGAUACAUUAUUUUAUCAUUUCUAUCAUGUCAUCGCGCUUUCUCGAACAAAGAGCAAUUCAACAGAUUAUAUUAUGACAGUAUGCUUUCCCGUAUUGAGAUGAAAUCAACAUAUACUAAUAUGUGAUGAAAUAUCGACAAAAAUAUCGAUACAGUGUUCGGUCAUGUCAUCAUUAUCGUCAUCAUCAUCAUCUUCAGUAAUCGCCUCAUUCUAGAAGAGUAUACUCGCGACUAACAUGUUUUCCUAUAGUUAAGUUACUAGUAGUUCAGCAUACUGGCAUUUGAAAAAAUGCUGGUGAAUCUUUCUACUACGUCAUUCCUUCUCAUGUAUAGGGUAAUUUAACAUUAUGCAGACAUUUGGUAAAUAUAGAACGCGAUAGCAAACACAUGGAUGAAGAUAUGAUGAAAAAAUAUUUAAUACGAUAUUUCAAGGCUUUUAAUUAAAUCGUACCCGUAUAUCAACAUAAAUGGGCGGUUCCAGAGAUAAAAAGUACAUGAUGACAUAAGUUUCUAUAAGAAACACGUUUGUUAUAAGUUUGUAUAAAAUUUGUCUUUAUCUACACUUUAUUGCUUUCAUUUACAGAAUAUCAGUUAUGCUAUUUCUAUUGAGAAUAAAUAAAACUUCCCCUUUCA